GGCAACACUACUCCCAACACCUCGGUGCUCUCGGUGCUAGCCGGCCAGAGUUUGCAACACUGCUACCGAGCCUCUUGAUAAGUCUAUGGUCACAAUUCUUCCAUAAGAGUUUUCUAACCCUGACUACCCUUGAUCGCAUUCCCGGACGUCGAGCGGAGGAGAGCAGCGUCGUUGAAUCGCGCCGGUUGACAAUGCGGGAAGAUGGCGGCAGCAGAGUCAAACGGGGCAAAAUGCGUGGAUAUUUUGCGCGGUAAAAAUGCCGCGGAAAAGACGGACACGCCGAGAGCGGCAGCGCUGCCGCGCCAGCAAGACGAGCGUUAUCGAUUCCGCGCUGUCGAUUUGCUGUACUAUGCGUUCUCACUCAGUUUCUUUUUCGCGGACGUGACAACAGAUAGCAUUGUAUGUGUGCAAUACUUUUUGCAAGGCCACUUAGCAUGGGGAUGCUUUGCGACAAGUUUCACCAUCUUGCCCGCUUGUGUCACUCAAGUAUUUAGUUUGAGGUGGCAUUACAAGGAAGGUUCUUUGAGGACUGUUCACUGGCUACUGCACUCUUUACUUCUCGGCUUUUUGCACAGGUACUUGACUUUGUUUUACAUCGCAAUACAUUCUGUUAAAAGUAAAUCGAGCUUCAGCAAAGAUAAAAAUUGGGUAUAUCAGCAAGAAAGUGAUAUACGUAUGUUAUAUUUAUUUGAGUCAUUUAUGGGAGCUGCACCACAAUUAAUACUGCAAUUAUAUGUUAUUGCGAUAUUACAUCAUGCUCCUCUUUCAACAAGUGCUUCCGCUGUCGCUUCCUUCUGCUCCUUAAUAUGGGCCGUGAGUACUUACGUGAAGGCCAUGCAUAAUAUCAAUUGCGAGCGUAAUAACGUAACUUGGGUCGCGCUCGCUCUUCAAGCUUUCUGGCGUGGCGGUAUGUUAUUGUCUAGAAUCGGAGUUCUGGUACUAGCUACUGUCAUCCUAAGAACUUGGUUUUUUUUAUUUUUAGGUGUGCAUUGGUUAUUUAUGACGAUUUGGGUAAUCGUGCAAAAAAUAGAAUUCUGCUCACCCAUGUGGGAGGAGCGUAUCUACAAUUGCAUCAUCGGACUAAUCUAUUGCUUCGAUUUCUUCAAUCUCCGCGAAGGCAGAUCGCGCUAUCAUGUGCUGGCAUUUUAUUCGGUAAUCGCAACGCAGAAUCUGAUCUUUCUCGCUCUGUACGCACUACUUUUUAGGAAUACCAUUGCGAGCAACAUACUAAUCGUGAUCGAAACUGUAAUAAUCGGCAGUAUGCUCAUCGGUCUGAUGAGUAUGCUGUUAUACUACGGCAAGUUUCAUCCAUCGAGGACAAUAACUAACGGUUCCCAAAACAUCGAGCGUUCGCAUUCCGUGACAGCCAAGGUCGACACCCCUAAGUCCUUCAAACUCUUUCAGUGCGGUUCAUUGACACCCCUGCAUCAUUCCAUUGAUAUCUCGCCAAUGACCAAAGAAAUGGCUACUGACAAACAGUCUCUGCUUACGAAUAUCGCGCAGAUUUCCGAUUCCGGUGAAGAGGGUAUCGUCAAUUGUAACUAUAACUCAGAUGAAUCCUGCGUUGUGCGCAUUUCUAUUGAGUGCAAGAAUCCGUACAAUUACGCCAACAAACACAAGGAGGAAGUUGCCAUAUUGUCGAAAGACAAUCUAGACGACGCGCUUGUGAGCUCACUGUAUUUGAAUCCGGCCGACAUCGAUUUGUCCCGGAAACGUCGCGGUAUUUACGAUAUUACGUCGCAGCUGGAUUGGCAUGCCCCGGACAUAUUAAGCGUCAACCUGAAUCAACAAGUAAUCUCGAAUCAAUUCGGCAAUCUCGACACGACGACUUCCGAAUCGAACAACUCUGUCUCACUGGAUUCUCGCAAUAAGAUGAUUGAUGCAUUCGACAUCAUUAAGAACAGAGGGAAACUAACGACUCCGACGCCGUUCGAAUGUAGCAGAAUAUUUGACAUAGAAAAGCAACAACGAGACGAGACGAUGAGCUGCGUAACGUCGAUCCAUGAUUACGAGAACAUAUGCCCACUAGGAGUUGCUAGACCGCCGUGGUGCAUUCGCAGCUGGAAAGCAUAUACGGACAUCGAGACAUAUAUUCAUGACGACAGCGUGGUGCGUGAUCGACGGCGGGACACUUUAACAAGUACGACGGGAACGACAUACAGUUCAGAAUAUUCCGACAGCAUGUUCUCACGAGGCAUUUCGAAGCAGGAUGAUUACACGAACGCGUUGACUUACGAUCUGGUAGAAUCUAAAGACAUCAAAUUUUAUAGCGACAAUACUUUUCUUACCGUAGACAGUCGGAAUACUAAUUUAUACGCCGCAAAACCAGUAGUAAUUGAUGAUCGGGACGGCAUGCUCGCUUUGGACACGAUAAUGGAGGAACGCGAUGAUUUAGCGACAAUAUCAUCGAACGAGAAGUUUCCGUUUUCUAAUCCGGAACCAGUGUGUAACUGCGCAAGUACUCUGGUGAGCACGAUCGACCAGAUCAGGCAAUACACGGAGAAUUCACCGCGCCAUGUCUACCACGCCAGUGAAAAACAAUGGGAGGUUCUGAAUCCGAAGAACCUAAUGACGCGCGCGAAUUUUACCAAAGUGUUGUUUGACAGCAAUCUCAAGAACGUUUCAACUAAUCCAAACAAUUUAAAAACGCCGGAAGUCGAGAAACGUGAUAUCGAUGCUAUCCGGGAGUUGGUGCGAUGCUGCGCGAUUGAGUCCAUCAAAAAGACACCGCUGAUAGACGCUAUCUUGUCGGACUCGCCGAUCUUAGGCAACCGCGCGAGUAAGUUUGUGGAUCGCAAAACCGACGCAAACGAAAGCGAUUUGUACGUCGAGAUGAAUCCCUUAGUGUCCGUUAAGAACGAGAAUUCUCUUCAGAUCAGACUGAUGGACGUCACCGCAAAUUGUAAGAGGAGCAAUCCACUCGUAAAAAAAUUGCCGGACAAAGAAAAUCUAGCGCCGAUCUCAUCAGACGAUACUACGUUUGUGAUACGUGAUAACAGUAAUAAUAACGAUAGACGUGCCUGGACUAUCGAGAGAAAUGACAAGAACGACAAAUCUCUGUGCAGUGUGCGUUUUAAUUUAAAAGAGAAGAGACACUUGUUUCUUGAACAGGUUCUCUCACCGUUCUCGGCGGUCCCGAAACUCUGGAACACACGCAUCUUCCAUCCGAGCACUAAACACUUGUAGCGACAUAGAGACUUAAUAUUUGUUUUGUACACACACAACAAAUUAAUCUACAGCUCAAUUUUUACUUGCUCAAGUAAUUUAUCAUUUGUAUUUUAAAAAUUUUAGAUAUUUUCUAUCGCAUAAAAGCCAUGACACUAAAUUGAUCUUAAUCCGUGAUGUUGAAUAGUUUUUAGAAAAAAAUAUAUGACAUUUGUUUGAUUCCAUUACAUCUGAUCGCAAGUAAAUCAGGACAAUAAUUAAAUAGGAUCAAGAAUGUUACAUCACAAUACAAAUCUGCAGUAAGUAUAUAAUCAUGGUGAGUAGUUUCAAAAUGGAAUUUAAAAUAACCGUACUUUAACUUACUGUGUGUAUGUGUGUGGUAGCGCGCGCGCUCCAAAUUUUCUUUUAAUUGUAUUUAUUAUGAAGAUAUUUUCACGCGCGAAAUUCGAAAAUCGAGAUCUUUACGAAACUACGGCCGAGUAUGAAGUACAUGCGAUGUUAGCAUGUGAUACGCACUGUGAAGCUGUAAUGAUUGAAAUUUAGUAUUAUGUUCCCACGCUUAGAUAAAUAUAUAAAAACGAUAUAUUUUAUCUCGUAUCAAAAGUAUUUUUGUAUGCGAUUAUUUUACUGUGUAAA